AUUAUUCAUUGAAGUGCAUGAAUGCGCAGGUAUAAUGGAUAAGUGUUGUCGGUAUCUGCUGAUGUUUAGUUUCGCUUUGUUUGGGUACAUUUUGGCAACAAAAAACAAGUAUGGAACGAUAUCUGUGGUAGGACCAGCUUUUUUGAACAGGGAGGUAACAAUAAAAGCAACACCGUCCUAUCCUUGGGGAUGUGACGUAGAAUGGAGAUACGUAAUGAAUGGUGGCACACAAUCCAAAACAAUAAAUGAUAAAACAUUUUCAACAUAUUCGGAGAACGGGUCAUUCUUUUUAAGAGGGAUGGCUUCAAUUAAGUACAACAGGUCAGACUUCUACGCCGUUUGUUCAAAGAAUAAAACGAUAAGGACACGCUUUACAUCUUUGAAUAUGAAAGAUAUCUUUGGACGAUGUGGAGCUCUCGUGAUUUUAAGCCCGGUUGUUCGCGGAAAGGACGUAGAACUUGGUUACUUUCCGUCUGACCUUUUUAUAAAUGACCAAAUAUCUAAUGGUACACGAUUGUGGAAGAAAAACACCUACAUAAUACAUCUACGAAAAGGUUCUUACGAAGAGAAAACAGUUUCUGAAUAUUUGUACAUAUUGACUAUAUCUAACUUCGACGAAACAGAUGAAGGAACGUACAUGUUAAAUUGCAAUUCAUAUAGCACUACGAAUUUUGUUCAGCUACAAUUUUCAGAUAUGACUUCGGAACUUUCAAUGUCCGUAAACAAAGUACAUGAAUACAAGAAUAAUGUUUGUGUUUGGUUCUUAAACAUUUCAUGCGAAACGAAUAUAUCAAAUCCGCCUUGCACAAUUGAAUGGUCAAGCGACAACGAUAAUUUGAAAUACAAUCAAAGCAACAACUGGACUUAUGGCGAAAUUCAGAAUUACCAUUAUGUUUCCAACGUGCUCUACAAUGUGAAUACAUACAUGGCAGGGGGGACUAUAACAUGUUCAAGAAGAUGCAAUCAUUUCCCAUUUCAUUUAAACAAAGAUUACACAGUUUCUUCAUCAGAUUUUUCUCCGGAGCAGUUUAUGAAGGCAGAGAUCGUUAAAGAAAGUAAUCUCAACGUUCUUAACUUAACCUGCAAAACAGUUGAUACAUGUAUGCCAUGUACAAUUGCGUGGAGCAGCAAUUCAGUUCUCCUUUCCUCAAUAUUGACUGCGCAAUGGACGAACGCGAGUAAUUUGGGCUAUACAACUGUUUCAAAUGCACUCUACUUAAUUACGAAAGGUUUGGAGGGUAAACGGAUACAUUGUUCUACAUAUUGUGGAAAUGCUUCUUCACUGCCAGAACGAGAAACGUACAUAAUUUCUUUGGAGGAUUUUCAAGAAUCAGUUGUAGCCCAACAGUGGCAUUCGACGGUCCUUUACUCCGUAGCUGGAUCAAUUCUAGUUGUACUGGUAACAAUGUGUGCCGUGCUCCUAUUAAGACGAUGUAAACCUCACGUUUAUGAAACAGUUCUACUGCGCAGACGACCUGCAGUAGCAGAGCGGCCUAGACAUAUGAAUGAUGGUGUACAGCAUGCCCUUUAUAAUCUAACGGAAGUGUCUGCACGUGCCAUCGACAGCCAACAGACACCACCACCACUUUUGAAUAUGGAUGAACGAAACGUCCGUUUGAACCGAACUGACCCGCUAUACGAGUAUAUGGAUAACCCCGUCGACCACAGAGAUCGUCAUAAAAAAGCACCGACUGCAAACCAGUUCUAGGUUUAAUUUUAUAAAGUUUUUUGUUGUAAACCGUUUGUUUUUAUCAUACUUCAACUUGUAUUGUUAGAAAAUAUAUUAUUAUUGUUAAUAUCUACUUGUGUUUUAUUAUGUAAUUAAUUUCUCUCAUUCUCUUAAUUUCUCAUUUUUUCUCAUAUGAGCUUGUAAUAAUUGACCCUUCCAAAUUUAUUAGACAUCAACUAAGAAGUGCAGUGCCAUACUGUGUCGCUUGCUUUGUGAAACCUUCGUUAUUUAAUUAUAUAUUAACCUUAGCACAUUGGCAAAGUCAAAAUUUGUUUUCAUUUGAAAGAUUAGCCUCAUGAUCUGCUGUUUUCUUUUAAUGAGCCUUUGACUGUUUUAAUAUCAUCAUUUCAGUCUUAGGCUAGUUUUUGUCAAAUUACCAUACCAUUAUCACCGAUACAAGUGCAGAGCUUUGAAAAUAUAUUAAGAUUGGUCUAGUCGUGUGUGUAAAAUGUACAUAUAUACAUUAUAACACAAAUGAGUGCACACGUUCGAAUCUUUACGUAGA